AUCCAUCAACCAUCACCUGUCUGACAACGAAUAAUAAAGAAUUGAGGAUAUCUAUUUUUUCUAUAGACAAAAACUGGACCAACUAUAGGCCUCUUUGGAUUUAGUAAUGGAAACUGAAUCGGACAUUCAGACAAAUUAAAUGGAUGAUGAUGUUAUUUUCAACUACCGGAAUUGGAUUGAAUAAGUCAAGUGGAAUCAAAAUAGUAGUUCCUCUACCUCUGACAUUUAUAUAAACCCAGCUAACCUCCACACCACCACAAUUUCAGAAGUCUCAACUAAAGUAUGGAUUUCUCUAGCUCCCUGCCUCCCUCACCUUCCCCAUUAUACACCUCCCCCUUCAUCCCCAACUCCUCCUUCCCCUCCACCUCUCCAUACAUCUCUCCUUCCCCCAGCCUGGCCUCAACCGCUCUCUUCUGCUCCCUCCUGUCCCUCCUGGCUCUCCUGGGCAUUGGGGGGAACCUCUACACCAUGGGUCUCCUCAUCAGACGCAGGAGAGGCAGGAGGAGGCGAGGGUGUUCUAGCUGCUGUUUAGGAGGGAGAGGAGUACCGUUACCAUCCUGCCUCUCCUCCUCUCCCCCCUCCCUCUCCCCUUCCUCCUCUCCCACCUCCUCUUUCUCCACCUCCCUCCACCUCCAGGUGCUGAGUCUAGCUCUGGCGGACCUCCUCUACCUCUUCACGGCUCCCUUCAUCGUGUACGACAGCCUGGCGGCUGACUGGGCGUUUGGGGAGCUGGGCUGUCGCCUCCUCUUCAGCCUUGACCUGAUCACCCUGCACGCCUCCAUCUACACCCUCACCGCCAUGAGUCUGGACCGCUAUCGGGCUGUGGCCAACCCCCUGGCCACCUCGUCCUCCCCCUCCUCUGGGCUGCUCCGUGUGGCCCUGGCCUGGGGCCUGGCGGUGGCCCUCAGCCUGCCCAUGAUGAUCACCCUCCACCUGGAGGACGGAGACGACGGACAGCUGUGUGUCCCUGCCUGGGACGAGCAGAGCUCCAAAGUGUAUAUGAGCGUGCUGUUCUGUACCAGUAUGAUAGGGCCGGGGCUGGCCAUCGGGGCGCUGUAUGCUACUCUGGGCCGUCUCUACUGGGUGUCCCAGACCCAGCCCUGGGCCAGUGGUAGUGGGGGUAGCACAUCCUACCCUCCACGGGCCCCAAGGCCCAAGGUCCUGCUCCUCAUCCUGGGGAUAGUUCUGGCCUUCUGGGCCUGUUUCUUGCCCUUCUGGGUGUGGCAGCUGCUGCCGCUAUACCGGCCCGACAUGCUGCGGACAGUACCGGUGGGUACCCAGGUGACGGUGAACCGGAUCCUAACGGGGCUGACGUACGGGAACUCUUGCGUGAACCCAUUCUUCUACACGCUGCUCACAGGGGGGAAACGACGGAGGAACAGGCAGACACCGACGUCAGCGAAUCAGCUCUGCCGCAAGAGCAGUCCGCAGUAGUGUUCGUGACAACACAGACAGCCCGGUAUAAUAGACUGCUCUGGGGGCUGGUGGGGGGCUGCUUACAAACUGUCCGAUUCAAACACCCCCGUCUCCCCCUGAAAUAUCAAAGGGCAUUUCACUGUGUGAUUGUUACUUCAUAAGGACUAUAUUAAAGACAGCACUUUAUAUGCACGGAUGUGACUGGACCAUAUUUCCUAUUUGGAGAUUAAAAAUGUGACGGGCUGAGCGAAAAUACCAAAGCUUCAAAACUUGAGAAAUAUCUCAUUGAUACCUGCAUGUUGAGUUUGGACUUUUAUUUUGUAAUGAACUCUGCAAUGCUUUGCAUGGUGACAAUGACACCUGUAUUUAUAUCCAGUUUGGUGUGUAUAAUAUGAUAUAAUAUAUCAAAU